GGCAUUCUUCCUCCGCUGCUGCUUUUAUUCUCUAGAAAACGCCUCCGCUUCUCCGUCUUCCUCGCAUUCUUCCUCGCAAUCUCCGGGCGGCGCCGCCGGACGCGCAUUGUGAACCACUCCGAGUUCAGGCGCGUAAUUGCCAAACAUUUUGAUCUUUUUGGCCACCUCUCCGCGGCGAGCGUGGCUUCUUGUUGAAGGAGGUUUCCUUUGGCGGCCAAGGUUGAUGUUUGCUGCGUGAGCGGUGGCUUAAAGUGGGGAAAGAUCGCAUUUUGCCUUUUUUUUAAAAAAAAAAAAUUAAUUCUGGAAGGUAUGCAACUUUGGAGGAUUAGCUGUCUAGAUCCUGAUUUCUGAACCUGAGAUGGAAACUUAGGGCUUCUUCAAAGGUCUAUUAGAUGUUUCUUGGUUGGUGAUUCCUUGUGCCAAGCUGCAUUUAGUGAAAAUCGGAGAUUGCUUGUGUGUCUGUUAUCUGGAUUACUGGGGUUUGGCACCAGAGGCGGUUUGCUGUUGCUCUUGGGGCCGUGGCGGCACAAUCUGGAUUCAUCGAUUGCGCCUUCCUGAGAGGGCGAUGGGAUCUGAGUGGAGAGGAGAGAGGCAUCACGGCCUGAAACCUCAUGCUGAGGCGAAGGCGGAGAGGUUAAAGAGCAGAUCCAAGUUCAAGGUGUGGAUGAUCCGGACGACGACUACGGUGCUGCUCUGGACGUGCCUCCUCCAGCUCACGGCGCUGGGGCAGACGUGGGCGCCGAGUGUCUGGAGUGGCUGGUCAUCUUGCCCACCCCCCGCUGAUGUACCAAUCCAUGGGAAACAGUCCACCUCUAUCUUCAUUAACAAGACCGUUCUUCCACCCAAGAGGAUCUACAGGAACAAUGGGUAUAUGAUGGUCUCAUGUAAUGGUGGGCUCAACCAGAUGCGAGCAGCUAUCUGCGAUAUGGUUGCUAUUGCAAGAUAUUUGAAUGUGACACUUAUAGUACCAGAGUUGGAUAAAACAUCAUUUUGGUCUGACCCCAGUGAAUUCCAAGAUAUAUUUGACAUCGAUCAUUUUAUCACAUCUCUGAGGGAUGAGGUCCGGAUAUUAAAAGAACUACCGCCUAGACUAAAAUGGAGAGCUGAGAAGGGAAUGAUGUACACUAUGCCACCUGUUAGCUGGUCUGACAUAUCGUAUUACAAAAAUCAGAUUCUGUUCUUGAUAAAGAAGCAUAAGAUUGUGCAUUUCAACAGAACAGAUACACGGCUUGCCAACAAUGGGUUACCUUUAGAGAUUCAAAAGUUGCGUUGUCGUGUGAAUUUUGCUGCAUUGAGAUUUACUUCUCAGAUUGAGGAGUUGGGUAGAAGGGUAAUCAGAAUUCUGCAACAGAAUGGCCCUUUUUUGGUUCUGCAUUUACGAUAUGAGAUGGACAUGUUGGCUUUCUCUGGAUGUACUCAUGGUUGCACUGAUGAAGAGGCAGAAGAGCUGACGAGAAUGAGAUAUGCAUAUCCAUGGUGGAAAGAGAAAGUUAUCAAUUCUGAACUCAAAAGGAAGGAUGGUCUCUGCCCUCUAACACCAGAAGAGACUGCUCUGGUUUUAAGAGCCCUCGAUGUAGAUCGUCAUACCCAAGUAUACAUUGCUGCAGGAGAAAUAUAUGGUGGUGAACGGAGAAUGAGAGCUCUUUCUAAUGUUUUUCCGAAUUUGGUAAGGAAGGAAACUUUACUCGAGCCAUCAGAUCUUCAACAUUUCCAGAACCAUUCUUCGCAAAUGGCAGCAUUAGAUUACAUGGUUUCUUUAGCCAGUGAUACUUUUGUUCCUACAUAUGAUGGAAAUAUGGCUAAAGUUGUUGAAGGUCAUCGCAGACACUUAGGCUUCAAGAAGACCAUCACGAUAGAUCGAAAGGUCUUAAUGGAACUGAUCGAUCAGUAUGCUAAUGAAACUCUAGGGUGGGAAGACUUCUCUUCAUCAGUUAAGGCAACUCAUGCUAAUCGCAUGGGAAGACCUACCAGAAGAGUGAUGAUACCUGACAGACCUAAGGAAGAGGACUACUUCUACUCCAAUCCCCAAGAAUGUCUCCAAGAAUCCUUGUGAGUCUCGGUAGUUCUGAUUUUCGCGGCAGUAAAUUCGAACCUACAUUGAAAAUGCUCCAUGGAGAUGAUCCAACAAGAAGAUCAGACAGACCAAGGGCUUGCUGCAUAAGUUGAUGCAUUGUGAAUUGAUUCAUUCAGUUGGUCGAUCCACGUAUUUAUAUUAGAUCUCUUCAGUUCGUCACAAUAAGUCUCGUUCAUGUAUAGAAAAAAAAAGGGCGAGAAUUUCUGAAGUAUCUGUUCAGUAAUUUAUGAAAAAAAUUUCAUUUUA